AGUUCACUUCCGAGUGUAGGUCUGGCUCCCUCCCCUCACACACACCCUCCCUGAAAGGUGUCAGAGAGAGAGGCUCAACCAACAACAAGUUGUGACAAAUCCUUUUUUUUAAUCAAGGACAGGGAGUUCGCACAGAACUCAGGUUGGGCGGUGAGAACCAUGCAAGUGUUUCACUGAAUGGACCGAACGGAAGAAUCGAUUUGAGUGGAAGUUUAUUUUUCUUCUUCUUUCAGUUCAGCCUGAGAGCCUGGCAUACCUCAUCCUCUCGUGUCUAAAGUGUUUAAAGGAUUGGAAAUGCCUGGGAACGAGAGAGUUUCUCGUCUCUUGAAAGAGAUCAUUCAAAAGCCAGGGAACGACGCGUGCGCAGACUGUGGUGCGCCUGAUCCUAGUUGGGGCUCCUGUUCCUUAGGAGUGUUCAUCUGUGUUCAAUGUUCCGGGAUCCACAGGAAUAUUCCCGACAUCGGAAUGAAGGUCAAAUCCCUCAGCCUCUCCCGCUGGGAAGACCAGGAAGUGAAGUUCAUGGCGGAGAAUGGGAACGAAUUGAUGAAGCAGAAAUAUGAGGCGUUUGUUCCUGUCUACUACUACAAACCUACCCACAAAGACUGCCAGGUCCUGAGGGAGCAGUGGAUCAGAGCGAAGUACGAGAGGAAAGAGUUUACAGGGGAAGGGAAGAAACAGACCUAUGAGGAGGGAACGAGGGAUGGAAUGUUGAUGAAAAGGGGGCGGGACAACGGUCAGUUCCUCAACCGACGAUUCGUUCUCUCAGAAAGAGAGGGGACACUGAAAUACUUCACCAAGUAUGAUGCUAAGGAGCCUAAAGCGGUGAUAAAGGUGGACUCUAUCAACGCAGCCUUCCAGCCAGAGAAGAUAGGUAACCCCAACGGACUACAGAUCACCUACCUGAAAGACUACAACACCAGAAACAUCUUCCUCUACCACGACAACGGCAAGGAUAUAGUAGACUGGUUCAACUCUAUAAGGGCCAUCCAGCUCCACUAUCUAAAGGUGGCCUUCCCAGGGGCUAAUGAUGUGGAGCUGAUGCCCAAAUUGACCCGCAACUUUCUGAAGGAGGGCUAUAUGGAGAAAACAGGACCCAGGCAUACAGAAGGGUUUAAGAAGCGUUGGUUCACCCUGGACCACAGACGUCUCAUGUACUACAAAGAUCCCCUGGAUGCCUUUGCCAAGGGUGAGGCAUUCCUAGGGCACCAGGACCAUGGUUACAGAGCUAGCCCCGGCCUUCCACCCGGAACCCACUGCAAUGGUGCCUGGCAACACGGCAUCACCAUAGUAACACCCGAGCGCAGCUUCCUGUUUACCUGCGAGACGGAAGUUGAGCAACAGGAUUGGCUGAAACACUUCAAUGAUGUCAUCAGCAUCCAGAUGUCCCCUCAGGAGUACUCCAUGGAGGCGAUGUUCAGACACAAGCAUUGAUGGACCCUUCCUCCUCCCAUCCUCCUCUCCUCCUCUCCUCUACCUGUCUUCUGUUCCUCCUCCCAUCCUCCUCUCCUCUACCUGUCUUCUGU